AGGAAACGUUCCUCUUCGUGCUGCCCUACAGUGCCUGCAGUAACGGGAACAUGGAAAUCUACACGAUGUGGACAUCUUUUAUUUCUCUUCGCUCCAUCACAUUAUAUAUUCCGUUGUCAAAAGAUAUUAAAAAAAAUAUCGUUAAACAAAAGAACAAAACAUUCGACAAAGAACAGGCACAUAUUCGGUCACUCAUAGAACUCAGGCAUAGGCCAUUUGUAGAGCGUAGGCGGCUUCAGAUCUUAUUGGCCGCAAGGUUGUAUGGGGGACUCGUUGCCUUGGUGAUCGAGUAAGCUUACACAGGGCUGCUUGACUGUAACUGCAACGAGAUCGUAACAAGUAAUGAAUGAUUCAGAAGCACUUAAUUUUCGGGAGCUGGAAAGGGAACUGGCCAAUGCUGUGGCUGCAGACCAGAAGUAUCAGAGAGAAAAUGAUGCCAAGUUCCGUGCCAGCCAUCAGAAAGUAGCGUCGUAUGAGGAGUUCAGAGAUAUUGUACUAGCAUCUAACCUGAAACCUUUGGAGCGGAAGGACAAGAUUGGAGGUGAUAGGAAGCAGCCAUGGAACGCGACUGCCUCAACAAACAGCUCGUCCAGAGAGUCAGCUUGUACCAUGUUACAGGAAGCUCUGUCAGAACCCAAAAAUGCAUUUGAGUUCACCCGUUACUGGAGCAGGAUAGAUGUGAAGGAAAGAUAUGACUUUCUCGUGCAUUUCGGGGCCAAGAAAUUAUCCUGUAUAUUCCAAAUGGAAGUGCCUUCUGGGCUCGUAGGAGAAUUUCUCUUUGUGUUGGAGGAGAACUUCCAAAGCGUCCAUCUGGAGGAAGUGAUGGUGAUCUUGCAGUGCCUGGCAGAGACGCAACGCUUCCACCUCAGCCUCCUCUUCCUCAGUGACCUGGAGAAAGAACGCUGCAAAGAACUAUUUGUAAAGCUACAGAAUGCAGUAAAUGACAAAAAGGAAACCUGUGUUGAAAGGAACCUGGAACUAAAGCAAAUAAUGGCCCUUUACAAGAUCAGUAUAUGAAUUUACAGGUGGUCAUCUCCUUCAGUUUAAAAUACUGUGAAUAUUUCUAGCUUUGUUAAUAACAGUCAUGGGGCUAGAUUUACUAAGCAACGGCUUUUGCAACCCGAUUCUCAUCCGUUUCGACCACAAAAUUGAAAACAGUAAUAAUAUUAAAAGCAAAACACGCCUGGAUUUUCAUUUAAUACUCUUUUCAUUUUAAAUCUUGGGGUCAAAACUGCAGAGAAUUAGCAUCUUGCAAAAGCCACUGGUUAGUAAAUCUAGCCCUUGCAUUCAGGUGAGCAGAGUUUGCUGGUACCUUGUCACUUCUUAGACCCCUGGUUACGCGCUUGCCUUUCCUUCAUUCCUGCCUUGGAGGCAGAUUUCUCCUUUAUAAUAUCAGCAAUAUCUGUCCAACACAUAUUGGAGUGUUGUAAUGAGAAUUCCUGUAGGAUUGAUGUGCAAUAGUGUCAUCUCACAAAUGCUCAAAUAUAUUUCUUUCAAAAUGUUUUGCAUGACAUUUACAAAGUACACUGCUAGCAAUGUGAAUAAUUAUAUACAUACACAUUUGUAAA